ACAUAAAAAUGACAUCACUGUGUUUAUUUUCAUAUGCAUUUGUUGAUUGCUCGCAAGAAGUAUGAUCAGUUGGUUAUCUGAAGGACUGCAGAUCGUAUAUUUUAUGGGCGUUAAAAUUAUUUUAAAAAUUUCUAACUUGUAAAUUUUAUAAUGAAAUAUACAAGUAAAUUUUUAUUCCUGUGUUUCGUUUGUGUAACAUUAGAAGUUCAGGCUUCCGAAGAUGAGGGAACAAAUACAAAUUUAAAACAAAAACUUCAAAUAGGUAUAAAAAAGCGUGUUGAGAAUUGUAAAGUAAAAUCUAAAAAAGGGGACUUGCUUCACAUGCACUACGUAGGUACACUGGAGGACAACACUGAGUUCGACAGCAGCUACGGGAGGAACCAGCCGCUCACCUUCACGCUGGGAUCCGGCCAGGUCAUCCGUGGCUGGGACAAAGGCCUCGUGGGGAUGUGUGAGGGGGAGAAGAGGAAGCUGGUGAUCGCGCCGGAGCUGGGCUACGGCAAGCGGGGCGCCCCGCCCAAGAUCCCACCGGACGCCACUCUCGUCUUCGAAGUGGAGCUCAUCAAGAUAGAGCGCAAGUCGGACGAGCUCUGAGACUCGUCUCACCACCUCCAAUAAACCCUGUUAUUUGAAACCUCGAGAGAUUUGCCUGGUUAUUUGCACCUCUGUCCAGAAUAUGUUUGUUUAUUGAUGUAAGAUGCUACAACAGUUGAUAAUCAAAGGUCUAUUCAAAUUGAGUUGCACAUGCAAUACCAUUGCUCAAACUACUCACUGCGUAGAAAAUGUAUUAUUACAGCUAUGCUUGUUAAAGCUGACUGUUUUUAUUUGCCUUUUUAUAUUUCUUUCCAUACCACAGAAACUCUUGUAAUUGUUGAAGUCAUUGUUCAAUACUACAAAUUAUCAUUCACUGAAAACCUUAAGCAACAUUUGGUCAUGGACUUGAACUUUUCAGUUUAUAAAGUGACCCAAAUAUGACAAAAAAUAAAUUUCAAUUUGAAAGUACA